AAAGGGAAUUGCUUUGUGAACCACGUGCGUAGAAUUUUAGAAGAAUUGAUAAAAGUUCAGUUUUGUACAAAAGUACUUCUUGUGAAUAUUAAACUAAUAUGUCGAAUGAAAAUGACGAACAAAUGGACGCUAGUUCAAGUGAAAGUGAAGAAGAUAUGGACGGAGUUGACGGUGGCAGUAAUGCAGAUGAGAUUCCGAAAACGUAUUUACCUGGGCAACCUCUAAAAGAUGAUGAGCAAUUAGUAUGCGACCAGUCGGCAUAUGUAAUGCUGCAUCAGGCACAAACAGGUGCUCCGUGUCUCAGCUUUGACAUUAUACCUGACAAUCUUGGAAGUGAUAGAGAUCAGUUCCCUAUGACAGCAUAUUUAGUUGCCGGUACCCAAGCGUCCAGCGCACAUUUAAAUAAUUUAUUAGUGAUUAAAAUGUCAAAUUUACAUCCAACAUCAAGGGCUGAGGAUGAAAACGAUUCUGACAGUGAUAAUGAAGAUGAUGAUGAUGUAGAAGAUGAAGAGAAAAAGCCUGAAAUGACAUUUUCAUUUAUUAAGCAUCAAGGCUGUGUCAACAGAAUAAGAGCUACGAGUUAUAAAAAUUCUGUCUUAGCUGCCAGUUGGUCAGAAUUAGGUAGAGUGGAUAUAUGGAAUAUUACACAACAGUUGCAAGCAGUUGAUGAUCCUAUAGCUUUAGAAAGGUAUAAUUUGGAAACAGUAACAAAUCCAGUUAAACCACUGUUUUCAUUUAAUGGCCAUCAACAAGAAGGCUUUGGGAUAGAUUGGUGUCCUACAGAACCAGGGGUGUUGGCUACUGGAGACUGUAAAAAAGAUAUCCACAUAUGGAAACCAAAUCAAGCAGGUACUUGGGAUGUUGAUCAGCGCCCUUUAAUUGGACACACUAGUUCCAUAGAAGAUAUACAAUGGUCUCCUAAUGAAAGAAAUGUUUUAGCUACAUGUUCUGUUGACAAAACUAUAAGGAUUUGGGAUACAAGAGCAGCUCCACAUAAAGCUUGUAUGUUGACUUGUGAAAAUGCACAUCAAAGUGAUGUCAAUGUUAUCACUUGGAAUAAUAAAGAACCUUUUAUAUGUAGCGGUGGUGAUGAUGGUUUCAUUCAUAUCUGGGAUUUAAGACAAUUUACUAGUAACACACCCGUUGGUACAUUCAAGCACCAUGCAGCACCUGUCACAUCUGUGGAAUGGCAUUGGACAGAGCCAAGUGUACUUGCAUCAGCAGGUGAAGAUAAUCAAGUAGCUCUAUGGGAUUUAGCAGUAGAACGAGAUGAUGAUGAAAUGAUUGAUGAUGAACUAAAGCAUUUGCCACCACAGUUACUUUUUAUUCACCAAGGUCAAAAUGAUAUCAAAGAACUGCAUUGGCAUAAACAAAUACCAGGAGUCAUAGUGACAACUGCCCACACAGGGUUCAAUAUAUUUAAAACUAUCAGUGUUUAAUUCUUAAAGCACAGUGAUAUUUUCUGUUAUAUAAAUAAAAUAAGUUAUUAUA